UGUGGUCUAAGUUCCAUAGGUUAGUCUUUGACAAAUUGAAUCAAAAUAAACAUGAAAAUCAGUUAUUCUUCAGCCAGUGUUUAUUUUGUGAGAUAGGAUGAUAAUGAAGCCUAUUAUUUUUAUUAUUUAUCCAUUUUUGAUCUUGUACGUUUCUGCAACUAGCUCUGAUGUCAACAGCACUGAAUUUGACCCAUUUGGACCUUUAGUGAAAUGUAAUUUUUUACCGGACGAAUUUAUUGAAUGUCAAGAACCCAUUGAUCAUAAGGGAAAUAUAACAGCCAAGGAAGAAUUAGGCUAUGGCUGUGUUAAAUUUGGAGGUAUGAAAUACGAAGCCGUAGAGAGAACCAAAGUACCAUGUACAGUAUUAGAAAGGAUUGAAUGUUUUGGGAAUCGAACAUUUUUCAGAGAGGGCAUUCCCUGCAUAAAAUAUUCAGAUCAGUACUUUACUAGUACUCUCCUCUACAGUAUUUUACUUGGUUUUUUAGGAAUGGACAGAUUUUGUUUAGGACAAACGGGAACUGCAGUAGGGAAGUUAUUGACAUUGGGUGGAGUUGGUAUUUGGUGGAUUAUUGAUAUUGUUCUUCUUGUUACUAAUAACUUAGUACCUGAAGAUGGUAGCAAUUGGAAUCCAUAUGUUUGAUGUAUUCAAAAAUUAUAUGUGAAUUCCAAAAUGUAUAGACUGUAUAAUAUGUAAUUGUUGACUUUUGUGAUAUGUUUACACAAUAUUAAUUAGUACUAAUAUAUGUAAGUAAAAAUAUUCUAUUUAUGGUAAAAAUAUAUUUCAAUUAUAAAAAUA